AAGUGCAUGUCAUCAAUCUUGGAUUGCAAUUUACACAAGACUAGUAAUGCUAUCUGUUGGCAAUCAAUGUAACUUUGUCUGCUGCACUGCAGGUGACAGGACACGUGUAGUUCAUGCUAUCUCGUGAAUACUCAUUGCAUUGUUCUUGCGCUGGCUUAAUACGAAGUUGCGUGUUGGUUUAUGAGUGUAGAUAUAUUAUUGUUAUUUUAUAUCAAUUCGCUUUAACAUGUGGGUUUGUUGCGUGAAAUGUUCAGGCUGGUGAUAUUUCUGAGGAGUGAUGCGAAAUGAACGUGUUUAAUUGUGAACUGGACGCUGUCAUGAGGUGUAGGCAGUACAAAAAAUGGAUGAGAUAGUUGAGUAGUAAUCAAUGGCUUCUCCAAGAGAUUUUCGAAGCCAAGAGCCCACUAGAACUUUACCCGAAAGGGUGGGUCAGUUGUACUAUUCACACGGCCUAUUUUGCUCAAGUCACCCUGUACCUGUAAUAGUGUUUGCUAUCACAGUUGUCCUUCUGUGUUGUUACCCUCUUCUGAAUCUUCCAAUGCCUGGGAAUGUUCCUCAGCAGUUACUAGGCAAUUUAACGGUGCAAGGAAGUAAUGUGUCAGAUAAAACCUCUCCUCAGUGGUUUGUGGGUCCGCCAAUGGUAUACAUUCAACAGGUUAUUGUAAAGACUGCCGUUUGCCCAUGGACAAAGGAUAUGAUGUUGACUGAUGCUUUUCGUGCACCAUUGUCCGAAGUUUUUAAGCUUUUGGAAGUUAUUCAAAAUUACCAACAUGAAAAUAGCUAUCAGAAUCUUCAGAAGGGGAAAAUAAGCCUUGCUGAAAUGCUUUUUGGAAUGAAUAUGAAAGACACUGGCAUAAAAAGAUAUCCCUUACGCACUAGACAACGUGUGUUACAAUUUGCUGUUACUAUAGUUUUCAAGGAAUAUGACAUACAGUUUUUAGCAGGCCUGCAACAGAAAUUAACAAAAUCUUUUCCUUUGCAUCAACCAGUAAAUAUGAUGUCACAUUUAAGCAUUGAUUCAAAUGAAACUACAACUCCACCUAUUCCAUCUGGGGUUCAAGAAGUUCUGCAUAUAUACUAUCCUGGAGAAUUCAAUAUUAGUGAACUUGUUCCACUUACAGUUACAUACUUCAUGCUCUUUAUUUAUGUUUACUUCAGUGUAUGUAAAAUUGAGUUAGUAAAAUCAAAAGUAGGAAUGGCUUUUAGUGCUGUUAUGACUGCUUUAGCCUCCCUUUUCAUGUCUGUAGGAUUGUGUUUCUUCUUUGGUUUAACAUUAUCAUUAAAUGGUAGGGAUGUAUUUCCUUAUUUGGUUGUUAUAGUUGGAUUAGAAAAUGUUUUAGUCCUUACAAAAUCUGUUGUUUCUACCCCCACUCAUCUGGAUGUAAAAAUUCGCAUUGCUCAAGGUUUAAGCCGUGAAGGAUGGAGCAUAACUAAGAAUCUGUUGACGGAGGUGACAAUUUUAACAGUUGGGCUAUUCACUUUUGUUCCAGCAAUUCAAAAAUUUUGCAUAUUUGCUGUUGUAGGACUUAUUUCUGAUUUUUUUCUUCAGAUGUUUUUCUUUUCCACUGUUUUGGCCAUUGACAUUCGUAGAAUGGAGCUUUCAUCUGAACCCCAUCAUCAUCGAAUUCAGUACCCGGUGCCUCCUGGGGCACCAGCACAACAAACUCUUGUGUGGAAUUUGCGCUCAUCACAAACUUCAGGGCCUGCUUACAAAACAUUAGCUCGCUCCAAAUCUCAUCCUCGUUUGAAUGGAAUGAAUGUAGGUUCAUCAUCGCCAUCCAAUUAUCCAACAAACGUAGUUGCUCCACCUCAUGGCUCUGACCCAAGUCUAGUAAAAGUUCCCAAGCGUUUGAGAGUUGUGCAUUUUUGGGCAAGAACAAGAAUAUUCCAAAGGACAUUUAUGCUUUUUAUGGUGGUUUGGAUAAUAUUUAUUGUGUACAGCUCUGGAGUUGUUGAACAGCUAUUGCAAGUCAAUCCUGACCCUGUCGUGUCAGAAAAAGUUACUUCAGUUGCUGGAUCAGAGGCUCCUCUUGCUUUCCAGAAGAAAAAUGAAUCUUUAUUCAAAGAUUCAGGAAAAGAAAUUAAUCAUUCUGAUGUUGGACAAACUAUUAUCUUUGAAAAAACCUCUUUGAAUCCUUUUGUAUCUCUUGAUGAUACAGAGAAUUCAAUAAAAAAUUCCAAACUGGGAGCAUCUGAAAAAAGUAAUAAGAAUGAUCUGAAUGAUACAUCAUUGGAUGACUAUGCUCGAUUGAAACAUUCUGGUUUUGAUCCAUGGCGAAGGCUUUCCCAUCAUCAUUGGCCAGCCAUUCUCUCACUUUACAACAUUUCUGUAGCAGGCCAGUACAUCAGCAUAUUGCCAUCCAUUCGUCUUUCACUGGCAGUAACUCCAGAUAUUGCUAGAUCAGUUCGUAAUUUGGAAGAACAUACUGUGCAACAUUUUCAAUGGCAAGCGUUAGCAGCUGCAUUGGAUCCUCUGGAUUUUUCAGAUGGAGAGAGCAGUAAAAUUCCAUCGCAGAAGACGUUUCUGGGAUCUGAUGUGCCGUUUAUUCCAACAUCACCAAUGGAAAUUUUUUUUACUGCAGUUCUUUGUAUUAUAAGCGUAGUUGUAUUAGCUUAUACCAUGGUAGUUCUGUAUCGUUGUGUUUGCAGUAGAAACUAUGCAGAGUGGCGAACCAGUUGGGCUGGUGAAAAUGAGGAUACCAGAGAUGGUAUCACACAGGUGGUUAAGGAAGCUGUACCACUGGUGUUGGAUGGUCAUCAGCAGGAAGUUGAGUGUCUCUCUACAGAUGGAGCUGUUGUUGUCAGUUCUUGCCUAGGAGGACAUUUGUAUUUCUCAAUGCUUCAAAGACCUUCUUUAUCUCAAUCUGAAGUGAAAAUGGAGGAACUUUCGUUUUCUGAUUAUGAAUCUGGAUCUCCUCCUUCACAUGGAGAGGCCUCGUUAGAAGAAGCAGCUCACAGAAAUCAGCAGUUCUGGGAUUUCCCUGAUCUGCAACCUUCUAUUAAUACUAAUUUUACAACCCGGCCCCACCAUGUUGAACAAGAAAAUUAUCAGAAGUCUGAUGAUCAUCUCAGAAAACGUGGAUUUUUUUAUGGCUCAAAAUAUGAAGAUAUUUACAGAGAAUAUAGACAUCCUUCAGAAAGUUAUAAAACUCGAGAUGAAAAGAAAUUCGAUUACUCUAAUCAGGGGGAAGGAGUAAAAUCGGACACUCAUCACAAAGGUUUUCUAAGAUCUAGAUCUUCAGUGCCAGUUCUAGGACAAGAGAAACGAGAAGAAACCUUCGCAUCAGCUUUAGAUCCAAUAUCUGUGUCAUAUCAAAAUGUGCAUUCUGGCUGUAAAACUGAGGAUGGGCCAGAAAUAGAAGCACUGAAUUGCGAGUGUGACCAACUUUUAAAUACAAAUGAAGAACAUACCUGUUCACACAUCAAUGAUUCUUCUCAGUGCUGUAAUUGCAGUUAUCCUCAGAAAGGAAAGUUAUUACAGCGACAUAGUAGUGAAAAAGAAAUAAGGAGACUAAGUGAGUUGGGGAAAGAUAGUGAAAAUUUGUGGACAAGUAACGAGGUAGUGAAUAGUCACUCUAUAAGACUGAAAAAUCAAAGCUCUGGUUCCCUUGGAGGAAAUUCUCAUGGAGAAGUUAAUAAAAGAUUACAGCAUGGUGUGCCAGUGAGCGUACCAUAUUCAGCAGUUGGUACUGAUAGUAAUAUAGUAUUGAGCGAUGUUCAAAGUGUUCCUCCAAUUUGGUGCCUGGAUUGCCACGAAAACUUAAUUGCAAUUGGUUGUGCGUCUGGAAGAAUUGAAUUCUGGGAAGGAUCCACAGGAAAAUUGAAGUGCCUUUUUGAAGAUGGGACUGGUAUUGGUAUUACUGCCGUAAAAAUAAUUGGGAACAGAGUAGUAGCAGCUAAGCUGAGUGGGGCUGUGGAUUUCUUUGAACUUGAAAGCUUCAGUCAAGGUCAACCAACUGAUUGGGGCUUCACAUAUAGAAGAACCCAUGUACGCACAAACAGUGCAGGAGCCUUAAGUGAUUGGAAUUCUUGGGCAGCACAGCAUGGUGUAGAACAAGACAUCCGGUGCAUUCACCUGAAUACUACUAGAGCCCAUCAACAACCAAUUACUGUUCUGGAUUCAGAGGGAGGUAGAGUCCUUACAGGCAGCCAGGAUCACACCUUGAAGGUUUUCCGAUUAGAGGAUCAGCUUCCUCUGUAUACUCUUCAUGGUCAUAGUGGUCCUGUCAGUUGUUUGUUUAUUGACCGUAUAUCACCAAUGAUGUCAGGCAGUGGUAGCCAAGAUGGACUGUUGUGUGUCUGGGAUCUGCUUACAGGAGCAUGUAUGUACAGCAUUCAAGCUCAUGAUGGAAGUGUUGUAGCUCUGACGUAUUCAGCAAGUUACGUUAUUAGUUUGGGAACUGAUGAACGAUUGUGUGUGUGGGAACGCUUCCAAGGUCAUCUUUUAAAUACAAUACAAGUGGCCCACACAUACUGUUCCAGUAUGGUGAUGCUUACUCAUAAUUUACUAAUAACUAGUAAGCAGGGAUCUUUGGUAGUAUGGGAUGUGCGGACUGGUGUGCCAGUGCGUGUUGUUAAACUGGGUCACAGUGAUAAGUGUGUUUUUGUAAAGCAGAUUUUGUUACUUAGAGAUAGUGUUGUUUGUGACUAUAGUAACCAGCUAAGAAUAGUUCGUUUUCCCCUUGUUACCGACAAGUGUGAGUGAAACAAUUGUGGCAUAUAGAUUUUAAAAUAUUGAACAUUCAACAAAUUCAUUUUUAUAAAUGUUGUGAACAGUUUUUAUACAGAAAAAUGAUUGAUAGGUAAAUUAUGAAAGAAUGUGCAAAAUAUCCAAAUGAUUUUUAUGGAAUGUAGAAAAAGUGUAAUUACUUAAUAAUAGAAAUAUAACUGUCAAACAGUUGCUGCUCAUUUUAGAAUCAAAUUUGGAAUAUUUUGUGUUGUUGUAGAUUCGUAUUAACGCUUUUCAAGUCCGUUUUUUGUCAAUCAAGUCAUUCCUUUCCUUGUACAUACUAUUACAUAUAAAAUGAAAAUCAUGUUGCAAUAUAAAGAUUGUUAUUUACCAAUGCUUUCUAUUUGGGUCAAUUUGACAGUUGUGAAAAUAUCCAUGUAUUUGCCUCUACAUGCUUGCCUCUACAAAAUUGAUACCUGAUAAGUGUUAUAAAAUUUGGUUUUGCUGAGUGGUUUCUUUAAAUUUGAUCUCUCAUUAGAUCCACUUGAAAUGUUAUAUACUACAUUUGUAGUUCUGGCAGAAGUUUGAAAGCAUUGUUUUAUUGUUAUAUUUUUUUAAUUAUUGCCACCUCUGAGGAAUUAAGCCUCUAAUUAAAGCUUCUAUUGACAGUUAAGACUCCUUUUUUGUUGUGAAAUCAGUGAAUUUUAAAGACUUAUUUUUAAAUAUAAUGCUUAGGGAAUUUGUGCCUUAUAAUAAUUCAUUGCAAUGUUCAUUGUCUUGUAUUUAAUGGCAGUGUUUAAAGGAAUUAAUGUUGAGAGAAUAAUGCAUAAUAUUUGACUUCAGGCAGUUAUGGUUUCUUUUCAUUGGUCAGUUGAAAUAUUUUCUUAUUUAAAAGAAAUUUAAAUGGAUUUUAAUAAUUCUUAAUGUUAAAAUUUGGUAAACCUUUAGAGAUAUGUAGAUAUGUAGACAAAAAUGAACCAUCAUGAAAAAUAAUUUUUCUCUUAAACCAAUCGGUUAUAGUACUUCUAUUGGAGAGAUAUAUAAUGGCAUUUUCGUUGUUGUUUUUAACUUAGAAAAUAAUUUUUUUUGAAUCUGAAAUGUUUUUUAAAUGAAUUAAAAAUUUUCUUUUAUUUUCUAUCCAAGACUAAUUGUGUGUUAAACUUCAAAUUUUUGGUAAAUAAUUAGCUGUAAUUUUUAAGUGAAUAUAUUAGUAGUUUAUUUAUUAUAUAGAUGAAUGAUUAGGAUGAAAAAAUAUUAUUUUUUUAAUACAAAAUUUAAAAAACCUUUUUUGAAAUAGCAACUAUGAUGUAUGACAUGUAUCUCAUUGGUUUGUUUUCAAGUCACAGAAAAAUUGGAUAUGGGGUUGUUAAUACUUCCAGAGAGAAAUAUACCUAGGUUGAGAAAACUGAUUCUUCAGGAAAAUGAAUUUGAUCUCUUGAAGACUUAGUCAAGACUCACACCACUUGGUAUUCUUCUCUCUGAAGCUCUUCUUCUCGUUUAUUUUAAAAUUUCCUCAUCAGCAAUGAAAACUGGGAUAGUUUUGCCACAGUUCUUAUCAGUUACUAAUAUUAAAUCAUCUUCAAUUGUUUUUUAAAUGCUUAACAUCGAGAUGUCCUUCAGGAACAUAACUAGCACACGGCAUGUUCUUUUAAAUUUUAAAGGCCUUUUUCAGCGACAGCAAAAUCUAAAAAUAAGGGAAAAUUCUCCCAAGAUUCCAAACUACAGUAAAACCCCUCUUUUACAAUUUUCACAUAUGGAAAUGGUGUAAAUUGAGAGAAGUGUGAAUACUGGGAAAUUAUUUUUUUCUUUAAAACUAUGAGUACUGUAUAAUGUAUUUAAAUACAUACAAUCAAUAUGGAUUAUAAUAUUCUUUAAUAUGAUGUAUUAGAAAUAUAAUAAACAAUAUUACAAGGUCGAAUAGAAAUUGACCAAUAUUUACACUGGAAAUCGAAGGCGUAUUAACUGAAGCAUAGUGAAUUUUAAAUGUUGCAAUGACACUUCAAGUUCCUGCUAUCCACUGAUGGUAGCCUUUGAUGAUACAACAAUGUACUCAUCAUUGGA